AUGAAUUUGACAUCGCAUGGUGCCAAUAGCGGCCACCUCACGACCGUGAGCUCCCUAGACGUCACCGCCAAGAAGAUUUCGCAAACAUGUUGCCGCGUCAAUGAGCCGAUGCAGCUUCAGGAAAAUAACGAUAUUCAUAUCAGCGAGCCCCUGACAGGAGACGCACAAGAAUUGAAGGAGCUACUACUCGCGUCGUCCUCAUAUAAGCAACACUUGCGCUUCAGCUUUACCAAGUUGCGGCGCAUCGUAGUUCCACCUGUACAGAUCCCGUUCGAGCUGGCCACGGCCAGAGCCAUCGGUAGUAUCGUUGCUGGUGUCAGGAUUCCCAUGACGAAAGCCAUGUGGACGUGGCGCCGUGCGCGCUUAAUACAGCGACUACCACGACGUGUGGACGAGCAAGUCGCGUGGUAG